GCGGAGCGCGGGCUGGCAGAAGGCGGCCGGGGGGAUGCCUCACAGAACUGAGCUGUAUCAUGAAGUUCCACCAACAUGCUGGCCUAUUGUAUAUUCUGCAGACUACAACAUCACAUUUAUGGGAUUGGAGAAGCUACAUCCAUUUGACGCAGGGAAAUGGGGGAAAGUAAUCAAUUUCUUGAAAGAAGAAAAACUAAUUGCAGAUGACUUGAUUGUACAAGCACGAGAAGCUACUGAAGAAGAUCUGCUGGUUGUCCACACAAGACGCUAUCUGAAUAAGUUAAAGAACCAUAUCUUGGAGGGCUUUCAAGAGUGGUCAUUUGUAGUGGCUACAAUUACCGAAAUUCCACCAGUUCUCUUUCUUCCCAAUUUCCUUGUUCAGAGAAAGGUUCUGAAGCCUCUAAGAACCCAAACAGGAGGAACAAUAAUGGCAGGAAAGCUUGCCAUUGACAGAGGCUGGGCAAUCAAUGUGGGUGGUGGCUUCCAUCACUGUUCAAGUGAUAAAGGUGGAGGAUUUUGUGCAUAUGCUGAUAUCACACUGGCUAUUAAGUUUCUAUUUGAAAGAGUAGAAGGAGUGUCUAAGGCCACUAUUAUAGAUCUGGAUGCUCAUCAGGGGAAUGGCCAUGAGAGAGACUUCAUGGAUGAUCAUAGGGUGUAUAUUAUGGAUGUGUACAAUAGAUAUAUUUAUCCAGGGGAUGGAUUUGCUAAACGAGCCAUAAAGCGGAAGAUUGAAUUGGACUGGGGUACAGAGGACACAGAAUAUCUUCAGAAGGUACAAACACAUGUGGAAGGGGCGUUAAAUGAAUCGAGGCCAGACAUCAUCAUUUAUAAUGCUGGAACUGAUAUCUUGGAUGGUGAUCCACUGGGAGGUCUUGCUAUUUCACCUCAGGGAAUUGUUAAAAGAGAUGAAGUGGUAUUCAGGGCUGCCAGAAACCACAGAAUUCCUAUCUUGAUGGUAACAUCUGGAGGCUAUCAGAAGAGGACAGCACGGAUAAUUGCUGAUUCUAUUCUUAAUUUGCACAACCUGAGGCUUAUUGACAAGGAGCUAGCAACCAGUGAAGCUAAAAACCCCAAGGUAGAACUGAUGAUUAGAGAAUCUAUUUUAGAUUUAACUAACCUGUCAUUGCAGUGAGACAGUACUAUGUUUUAGAAAGAAAAUUUACUAAUUAUAUAAUGUUUAUAUAUAGGAACAAAAAUUCCCCCCAGCUCUGUCAGGGUUAAUAUAAUAUAACAUGAGAGAGAGAUUUAUUUGCCUAUAAAACAUUAACAAAGUAGAGAUACUAGCUAGUCCCAGAAUGAUUGCAAGUGUCUAACUUGCUUCUGAAGCACUCUUGAGUAGCUAUGGUAGGGAAGGCAGCAGAUCUUUGAGAAUUAAUUUAGAGAUCUACUCAAGGGAAGUGUAUUUUUGUUUAUAAUAUAUAGUAUAACUAGCUUUAAUUGUUUCUCUUAUUUUUAUGGAAAGUCUACUGUGUUAUUGAAAGGGUUGUUCGGGUAGGCUCUGAAGACUGUCCCAGGCCACUUAGUAACAGUGCAGUUGUUUCAGCAGAUGGGAGGAGGGAAAUUUUAAGCCCAGAGCAGAACAUUUUGAAUGAGAGGGCUUCUCAAUGAUUGCAAGGACAAUAAAAAUGCAAAUUGAAUUGUUUUUGUGCUGUACCUACAUUUUCUGGAUUUUGAUCGUACAUUUUGGAAAUGUACAUAAGUAGAUGAGAUAAAGACUAGCAGAGAAAGGAGCAGUAUUGAGAAACCAAGAGAAAGAGAGGAACAGAUAAGAGACGUGUGAAGAGUAAUGUGACAGUUGUGACAAUGUGCAUGUAGUUUGGACAGAAUUUUCCACAAUAUCCUCGUAAUGCUAACUGCACUUUGGCACAUUUUAUUGUAACAUUAGAGAACCAUGUUGAUCCAAACAAUUAUUAGAAAUACUUCUCCCAUUCAAUAAUUAAUAAUACUUCUCUGUAUAUUUAUUGUUCCUGUAAUAAUAAUCAGGAUCAUGCAACACUAUUUGGUAAAUGUUCUGCUCUAAGUUCAGCACCUCUGGUUAAUCUGACAUCAGCACAUAAUUCAAAAUGUUAAAGAAUCACAAUCUCUCACAUUUACAUGCACCGGAAAUCUUUCCAAAAAAUAAGUGAAUUUAGAAUUCAGUACACUAGUGAUCAAGAAUUUAUUAUCCAAAAAUAAAAAUUACCGAGUGAUCAUUUGAAAAUCAGGGGUGAUAAUUUGAAUUAAUUAUAAACUAUUGAGUUUCCCCUCUUACUCUCUAUAUUACUAUCAAAUCGUUUUCAUUAAUAAAUGGUUUAGCUACAUUAUUUGCAGUAACUAUGGACACUGCUGUCAACCUUUCUGUCAAGAAAAGAUAAAAAUAAUUCUUUAUUAUUUUUAAUUAUUUUCUAGCCCAUGUUUAAGUUUGGUACUUGGAAAUGGUUAACAAAAAUAUAUCUAUUUGUAUGUCCAUUAAACCAUUCCUAAUGCAUUUGUAAAAAGAGAGAUGGAAAAUAGUUUAAACAUUACCGGAUGUUGCAAAUUAUUGGAAUUAAAGGAAUGAUAUUUUACUUUUUAAAAUGAAGGGAUAGAGAGAUAGUUGUACAAUUGAUCUCUAGUUAUUGAUUCAGUGCUAAUGUUUGUAUAAAAGUUCUUAUGUGUAAUACUGAGAAAAAUGGUCAAUUGUUUGACUUCCUAAACCAUACCGUCUUAUAAAGUAAAUGAAUUAGUUUAUAUUUUACUCCCUUUUCUCUACUAACUAAAAUCUUUUUCUCUAAACAAACUAAAAAUGUGAAUAAGAAAUGUUCAGGUCCUAUAAUAUGCAAAUGAGGGCCAAGGGAUCAAUUCUUAAACUCAGUUUCCUGUCUCUUUGAAAAUAAGGGCUUUAACAAAAGAGUGGUGAAUAUUCAACAUUUUUGCAUCCUCAGACCAUCAGUAAAGAACUUUAAUUUAAAAAAAUGAUGUAAUUUGAACAGGUUACCUCUGAGGCACCUCUAAGAGUUACACCAUGGUUUUCAGAAGUACAGUGACCCUCUUACCAUUAUUAUUGUAUAGUAUCACAGUAGGCAGUGGGUUUUUGUUCUUUUACAGUGUUUCACUUUUAACUUGCUCAAAGAUUUGGCAGUAGACAUUGCAGUAAGAUACUGUCACUGAUAGUAAACAAAAUCACAUACUAAUUCAGAGGUAAAUAUACUGUGAAAUAUCCAAAUAAGGCUUACUUAAUUACUGAGAUAUAUUAACUAUAAAAUCUUGAAAUUGGGCUUUCUUGGAAUUCCAUGAAUUAUCAACAAAAUAAUUUAUUCAGUGGAGAAUUAGGUGCAGCUAUUAAAUGUAAAGAAUUUGAUCUUUGUAUUACAUACAGUCUAUGGCAUAGGAUCGUAGUUUUCUAAGUAGUAUAAAUAUUUUGGAGAAGCCAUUUUUCUUUGCCUUCUAAAUGUUCACUUAUAUAGUGCUGGUUUCAUGACAUGAGUAGGGUUUCUGUCUUCACAUGAAGGAUGUCAACUUCUUUCUCUUAGUGAUAGAAUGAGCAUGUAAAGUACUUAAGUAAUGUUUAGCUGUAAUUGAAAUACUUACCUCGGUUAACACUAGAUUUCAGACUCUUGAGUCUGCUAGUUAUAGAAAAAUUCACUAUGAAUAUUUGCUUUAAAAUCUAUUUGGCACACUGCACUAAUGUUGAGUUACAACAAUGUUAUUAAAAAGCACUUUUAAAAUUCUUACUGUAAGAAUAUUCAAAGUACUAUUAAAAUGUUGAGAUUUAUUUUUACUGAUGUACUACUUAAAAAUGUUCUUAUACUUUCUUAUAAUUUUUAUAAAAUUACAAAUUAUAUUUGUAUCAAGCUAAAACACUGUAAUAGUGCCAUAUGGUCUUUUCAAAAAUGUGUUCUGUUGGUGUUUAAUAUAUUUAUAUUACUCUUGGUGGAAAUUAAAAUGAAGUUGAAUAAUGUUGA